GGGAAUUUGAUGUCUCUUACUGAUCUUUGGGUGAACACCAAUCAGCUUAGUGGUUCUAUUCCUACAUCAUUGGGUAAUUUGACAUCUUUGAAUGUCCUUUAUUUGUACCAAAAUCAACUCUUUGGUCUCAUUCCUGUUGAACUUGGGAAUUUGAAGUCUCUCACCAGUCUUUAUUUGAGUAAGAAUCAACUUAAUGGCUCUAUUCCUUCGUCAUUGGGUAAUUUAACAUCUUUAAAUAGCCUUUAUUUGGAGAAAAAUCAACUCUCUGGUCUCAUUCCUACUGAACUUGGCAAUUUGAAGUCUCUCACUAAUCUUCAGGUGGCUGAGAAUCAACUUAAUGGCUCUAUUCCUUCAUCAUUGGGUAAUUUGAUAUCUCUGAAGGUCCUUUAUUUGUACAACAAUCAACUCUCUGGUCCCAUUCCUAUUGAACUUGGGAAUUUGAAGUCUCUCACUGGUCUUUCUGUGAGCGAGAAUCAACUUAAUGACUCUAUUCCUUCGUUAUUGGGUAAUUUGAUAUCUCUGAAAGUCCUUUAUUUGUACAACAAUCAAAUCUCUGGUCCCAUUCCUACUGAACUUGGCAAUUUGAAGUCUCUCACUGAUCUUGAGGUGGGUAGGAAUCAACUUAAUGGCUCUAUUCCUUCAUCAUUGGGUAAUUUGAUAUCUCUGAAGGUCCUUUAUUUGUACGACAAUCAACUCUCUGGUCCCAUUCCUAUUGAACUUGGGAAUUUGAAGUCUCUCACUGGUCUUUCUGUGAGCAAGAAUCAACUUAAUGGCUCUAUUCCUUCGUUAUUGGGUAAUUUGACAUCUUUAAAUCGCCUUUAUUUGGAGAAAAAUCAACUCUCUGGUCCCAUUCCUACUGAACUUGGGAAUUUGAAGUCUCUCACACAUCUUGUGGUGUACAACAAUCAACUUAGUGGUUCUAUUCCUUCAUCAUUUGGUGAUUUGGAAUGUUUAAAUCUCCUUUAUAUGUAUGAUAAUGAGCUUGCAGGUCCCAUUCCGAUUGAACUUGGGAAGUUGAAGUCUCUCAAUGAUUUUAAGAUGAACAACAAUCAAAUUAGUGGUUCUCUUCCACCAGAGUUCGGAAAUGUAACUCAACUACAAAGACUUAAUAUGUCUUCGAAUCAUUUGGUUGGUGAGAUCCCAAAGGAGUUUGGGAAGAUGAAAAGAAUGUUGUAUUUGUCCUUGGCUAGCAACCAACUUUCAGGUGUUAUACCUGUAGAUCUUGGAUUUUGUAGUGUUCUUGAAGUACUCGAUCUAUCCAAAAAUAGAUUGAAUGGUUCGAUUCCAAGAAGUAUUGAUCAAUGGGCACAUAUCCACUAUUUGAAUCUUAGUACUAACAAGCUCAGUGAGAAAAUUCCAUCCCAGAUUGGUAAAUUAGUUCAGCUUACAGAACUUGAUUUAUCUCGUAAUUUCCUCACGGAAAAGAUACCAUCUGAAGUUCAAAGUUUGCAAAGUUUGCAAAAAUUGGAUCUUUCUCACAAUAGACUAUCUGGUUCAAUUCCUGAUGCAUUUACAAGUUUGCCAAACGGGAUUGAGAUCAACCUUUCUUACAAUGAGCUCUCAGGUCCAAUACCCUAUUGCUCUAACUUUUUGAAUGCGUCCAUAGAAAGCAAUCCAGAUUUGUGUGGGAAUGUUACGGGAGUGAAACUUUGUCCUAGUCGGAUUAUGAAGAAGAAAAAUGAUCCCUUUCAUCAUAAGCUUAUCUUUGUAAUUAUGCUCCCUCUUAUUGGGGCUGUUUUACUUGGUGCAUUAACAUAUGGCCUCACUGCUUAUCAACAACAAAAGAAAAAGUCUCCCCAAAAACCAUCGGACGAAGAAAGUGGUGACUAUUUUUCUAUUACCAGUUUUGAUGGAAAAGUAGUGUAUGUUGAUAUCUUGAAGGCAACGAAUGAUUUCGAUGAAGCAUACUGCAUUGGGACCGGAGGAUAUGGGACUGUGUACAAAGCCGAGCUACAAACUAACAAUGUGGUAGCUGUCAAGAAACUCCAUCCAUCAUCAUCUGAGAAUUUUGAUCAUAAUGGAUUUCUUAAUGAGGUACGAGCGUUAACAAACAUAAGGCAUCGAAACAUAGUGAAACUCUAUGGAUAUUGCUCCCAUGUUCGCCACUCAUUUUUGAUUUAUGAGUACCUUGAAAAUGGAAGUCUUGGAUCAAUCUUAAGAAGGGAUGUCUUAGCAAAAGAAUUGGAUUGGUUGAAAAGGGUAAAUAUUGUAAAGGGUGUAGCUAAUGGUUUGGCUUAUAUGCAUCACGACUGCUCACCUCCUAUAAUUCAUAGAGACAUAUCCAUAGCCAACAUCCUUCUUGAUUCUGAUUAUGAGGCGCACAUUUCUGAUUUUGGCACAUCCAAGCUUUUAAAGCUCGAUUCAUCUAACUGGACCGUAAUUGCAGGGACCUUUGGUUAUAUCGCGCCAGAGCUUGCUUAUACAAUGGUGGCAAAUGAGAAAUGCGAUGUGUAUAGUUUUGGAGUUGUUGCGGUAGAAGUGAUAAUGGGAAAGCAUCCAGGAGAUCUCCUAACAUCUUUAUCAACAUUGUCUGCUGCUGAUUAUCUGGUGCCAGCUACCGUGGGAGAUAGUCGGAUACCUCCCCCCUCAUCACAAGUAGAGAAACAAGUUAAGUUGAUUUUGGGUCUCUCAAGGGCAUGUUUGAACUCCAAUCCACAUGAAAGACCAACAAUGCAACAAGUUUCAAAUCUGUUAAUGAAGGAUCGGCUAUGAAUUAACAUCUCUGGGCUUAUUGAUAUAGUGUACUUUCAGUGUUCUUAUCUUUCCAUAAGUUUCUAUAUGCAUUGUGUCAAUAUGAAUUCAUUUGAAAGGCUUUCUGUUAAGAAACGUCACAUAUAUAUGUUUGUAGUAGUAUACAAAUAAGUCAACGAAGAUUGCAAUUUCUUUCUGGUUUAUGUCUUAUCUCCCUUUCAUUUCACUUCAA